ACGGGGACGACCGACAAUGGAGGCUGUGGAAACGGGUCAGUAAAUUGAUGCUACCAUGACCUGCCACUGGGGCCCGCCACGGCAAUAGCGCCAUGAAGCGGGGUGGCACAAAGUGUCGAGGGUCAGAACUUACGGAAAACAGCUCGGGGAGCAUCAUCACCGGCGAAACCGGCCUUGCACAUACCCGAACCAUUGUCGAUGACGAGGGCAGCAACCUCCUCUUCCAUUUUGGCGGAUUACGUAGUAGACGAAACGUCAAGAAAAAAAAAAGAAGAAAUGCGGUAGGAAGAAGAUGAAGCUCACGCGAUAGCGGGAUCGUGAGAGCUGGAGUUUGGUAUGCUGGAUUGAGAGAUUCUCGAUGCCUACAAUGGGAGUAGCGGACAAGGAGAGGGAGGCUGGGAGAUGGACCUUAAAAUGUGUUGUCAAUGAUCGGAGUGAUGGUUGAUGCGGUGGAGGUGGGCAGAGGGAAAAGGGAAAGGUCAACUUAAAACUUAAGCCCAAGCUUGAGUGGCAGCCGCCUCUUCGAAUCAAGUUCAAGUUGUGGGUUCGAAUUCACACAAAGGUCGGGGAGCGUGACAAGGGAAGCGACCAAGAGCAGGACCAGGCAAAUCACUUGGGAGGGAGAGAGUCCAGCCAGCCCAAAUCAAACCAACCUUGGCCAAGACUGGAUGUCAGAAUACUUACAGUAGUACAUAGUACAGACAUACCCC